CAAACUAAAGCGAAGUGUGAGGAAGACAGCUGAAGAAGAAGCUGAAGAAAACACAAGAGAAGAUGAUGGAUGACACGAGAAUCAGGGACGACAGGAGAAGAUAGCGGUAGUGAGUCCAGCAGGUACGGCGGCAAUGGUACAUACAACUACGGCAGGAGCGAAGGUAGUCGUGGAAAAGCAUCAGAAAACACGGAUAGCAAAGAUAAUGAAGAGGAGGGCCGCAAAGAAACUGUACAUUAUAGCAGGGAUAUUGACACUAACUAUACUAGAUAUAGCAAUGACAGUAGUGAUGUUAUAUCCAUUCGACAUGGCAAUAAGAUUAGCAUGGCUAAUUAUACUGCACACGGCGAUAGGGAUAACGAGACUACUUACCCGUAUACUGGACAUAAUCAUAAUGAUGAUGCAACUAGUUACCAUAGGCAAGGCGAUGCAGGUGCAGAAGUUAAAUACAACUACACGGCGGGAGAUAGUGGUGAAGUUAACCAUAAUGACGAUAGACAUGCUCGUGUUGUUAUGACAAUUGAGGGCACAGAAAGUGGCGAGCGACAGUCCAUUCCUAAUACGAAAGAAUAUAGAGAACAUGAAGAUGAAGAUGGUGUCAUACAGGCACGGGAAUACAAGGAAGUAGGUCUAAGAACUAUUACAAAUGACAAGGAGGAAUAUAAAGGCGAAGAAGAGGAAAGGGAGGACGAUCAUAGUAUGACUAAGACCGAGCAGAAAGAUGAGAACAUAGAAGCCAAACCAAUAACUACUAUGACUGAGAAUGGAAAACAUGAAGGUGAAGAAAAUGAAAACAAUGACGACGAACAGGAAGAAGGGGAGAAAGACGCACAAGAAAAUAAAAGACAAGAGAAAAAUGACGAAGAAGGAGGAGAAGAAGGCAAAUAUGAAGAAGGAGAAGAAAAAGAAGAAGAAGAAGAAGAUAGUAUGGGUAAUGCUGAUCAAGAAAGGAGAGACAGGAAAAUCGACUCUGUGAGGGAUAGGAAUGAGAAUGAGGGUUAUAAGGUCAUCAAGAUGGAGGGAGAAGAAGAAGGUUAUGUCAUGACUGAGACUAAUCCAGAAGAAGAGUCCGAGGGCGUGGCUAUUAUGAACGAGAACAAAAAUUAUGAAGGUAGAGAAAGGGGAAAUGAGGAAGACAAACUAAAGGAAGGUGAGGAAGACAGCGAAGAGGAAGAAGAAAAAAAAGAAGAAGACGAGCAUCAAGAAAAAUAUGAUGAUGAAGAGACAGAAGAAGACGAAGAAGAAAAAAUCGAAGUAGAAAAAUACGAUGGUAUAGAUAAUACUCAGGAGGAACGCAAAAACGAGGAAUUAGAUGCACAUGACAUAUCUACGCCUACUGGGGGAGACGACAGAGAAAACGAGGAAGGCGAAGGGAAAGAGGAAGAGGCAGCACAAGAGGAAGAAUAUAGGGAAAAUAAGGAAGACGGCGAGGAAAUAGACAAAGAACUUGUAAUGGUUAAAGCUAAUCAGCAAACGGAAGGCAUAGAAGUAGUCCCCAGCACAAAUACCAAGGAGAAUGAAGAAUAUGAUGGCAAAGGGAACGAGGGUGAAGAAAAAAUCUAUAGUAUGACUAAGACUAAUCAGGAAGGAGAGGCGAUAGAAAACAAACGCGUGACUACUAUGAAUGAGAAUGAGAAAUAUGAAGGUGAAGGGGAUGGUGCCUAUGCAGAAGAGGAAGAUGAAGGGGAAAAAGACGGAGAUACAGAAGAAGUAGGCGAAGAAGAGGCAGCUGAAGAAGAAGACGAAGAAGAAGAAGAAAAAGGGCCGAGUUAUAGAGCUAUGAAUGAGAAUAGACAAAACAAAGAUGGAGGGGGUGGAUACGAUGUAGAAGAAGAUGAAUACGAACAAGGAGAAGAGCAAAAUAACGGAGAAGAAGAAGGAGAAUACGGGGAAGAAGAGGAGAAAGAAGAAGAUGAACACAAGGAAAUGGAAGUGGCCAAGAAUGAUGGUAUGGAUAAUGCUCAUCAGGAACGGGAAAACAAGGAAUUAAACGUAUAUGAAGAACCUAGGAAUGGUGAGGGAGAAGGCAGCAAUGACGAGGGAGAUGAAAGGGAAGAGGAAGAGGAAGCAGAGAAAGAAACAGCAAAAGAAGCAAUCGAAGAGAAAGAAGAGGAAGAGGAAAAAAUAGAGGACGAAGCUGUAACGGUUAUUUCUGAUCAGGAAAAGGGUGUCGAAGAAAUUGACCCCGUCACUACUACCAAAGAGAAUGAGGAGUAUGACGAUGAAGAAAAUAAGGCCAAAGCAGAAGUUUAUAGUAUGACUAACAAUGAUCAGGAAGGAGAGGCGAUAGAAAACAAACGCGUGACUACAAUGAAUAAGAAUGGAUAUCAUGAAGAUGGAGGGGAUGGAGACAUUGUAGAAGAGCAUCAUGAUAAUAAUAAAAACGACGAAGAAGAAGAUGAACACGAACAAGGAGAAGAGCAAAAUGAAGGAGAAGAGGAGGAAGAAAAAGAAGAAGAAGAAGAAGAAGAAGAGAUAGAAGAAGACGAGGUAGAAAAAGAAGUAGAAGAAGACGGAGAAGAUGAAAUGGAAGUAACAAAAGAUGACGGUGUUGCUAAGGCUGCUCAGGGAACUGUAAGCCAUAAAUUAAAUCUACGUGAGGAAUACGAAGAUGAUGAGAAAGAUGACGAAGUAGACGCGAAUGAAAAAGGAAACAAGGACCGUGAAGAGAAAGAAGAAGAGCAAAAGGAAUCGGAAGAGGAAGAAGAUGGUAUUGCUAAGGCUGGGCAUGAAGGACAGAAGGAGGCUGAUAGCAUUGGUGCUAUGAUUGACAAUAAGAAAAAUGAAGACGAAGAGGUAAAAGAUAAGCAAGAUGACGUCAAUGACGAGCCACAACAGGAUGCAGCGGCUGCAGCAAUAGGAGACGGUCCAGCAUCGGCUGAGCAGGAAAGGGAAGAUAAGGCGGUAGACCACAAGACUAAUACCAACAGAGAUGAAGCAUAUGAUCAGGGGGUAGAAGGAGGAGAAGAAAAGCAAGAACAAGAACAAGAAGACGACGAAAAGGAAGUAGUAAAAAGAAAUGAUACGAAUAAGGUGAUUCAGGAACGGGGAAACAAGGAACCAGACUCAAAUGAUGAAAAUGAGGGUGAAAAGCCAGACAAACAAGACGAAGAAGCAGUUGAGAAAAAAGACGAGGAUGAAGGUGAAGAAACCAGGAAAGUCAAAGAGGAAACGCAUCCAAUUCCGAAUAACAGGGACGAUGUUGCACUAACAGAUGACAGAUUGACUACGACCAAAGGCACACUUCCAAACAAAGAAGACAGCACACCUACUCGAGGUAGAGUAUUUGACGACGUGACGGUGGAUGAGAAGAUAAAUGAAGAAGCUGGUGACCAUGAACAAUCUCAAGAGGAUCAAAUGACCGUAUUGGAAAGUGAUGAUGAUAGUGCAAUUGACGAUGGCAGUAGUGCGCCUAUCACGAACAAGGAUAUUGCGCUGAAACAAGAAAUGAAUGACCCACAUCAAUCAGUGCUAGAACCCUACAACGAAGAAAAACGCACUGGUGUGAACCGCGAAGGAGGCGAAAGUGACUCUAUUAUUAAUAAUAACAACGGGCAUUAUAGAAGGAGAGGUGAAGUAAUCAUGAGGAAUAGGAACACAGGAGGAAAUCGUGUCGCAGUGUGGGGUGAUAAACAUGACAAUGUCUUCGACAAUUUCUUUACACAGUUAAAUUCAGUGCUAUCAUCUUUUAUGAAUGACCUCGUAGAUACGCUAGCAAACUGCACCAGUAGCAUUCACAAUAACCAUUAAUAGAAAUUCGAACUAAAGCAGCAAUAAAGACUUGUGUUAUAGAGAAUGCAAGAAUAUUGCCAAUAAUACGUAGCUCGUGUGUUGCGAUAUAUUAAAUAUAGUUUUAUCGUCGUCGUGGAUGAAAGGCAAAUGAUAUAUUCUGAUUAUGUUGGAUCUCAUUGAGAGGAAGGAAUGUGUAUCAAAGUUAUAUUAAUUACAGUAAUUACAAAUACUACUUGAUUUUGUGAUUUUCUAGUAGUUUAUUAUUUAAAAAUAUUUGCAGCUGUUUCUACUUCUACCACUAUGACUGCAACUACCGCUUCCACUACCAAUACAAAUACACAAUACACAUGUCUUGUCCUAAAGAACAGAAACUAUUUUUAUUAUAAAACAAACUCCUCCGGACUACACACUGGUUUACCAAUGAUUUACCCUUUCAGUCAUGAAACUGCGACAAUUGACGUCAGAUUUCGCACAAUGACUGGUUUUGCCAUAGUGACAUUAGAUGUUAGAUUUGUGCCUUACGUUUAUCUACUGCUCAUUGGUGCAAUGAUGGCCGCACUCAUGCAAGUUACAGGGAUAUUCUAAAAUUUGUAUCUUUCUGGCGUUUAACUUUACUUUUUACUUGUAACCUGUAGUUGCAACACGAUUUUACGCUUUGAUUUUACGAUUUUUCGACAUACACGCUACAUAACAAACAGCACCAGUUAACUAUUUAUGCCCACAUAACAUUACUCGCGGACUGAU